AUGCCCCCUAGAGACUUCCUGCUCACCUACUGUGAAAUUAAGGACCAAAUGGACAAACAGCAAUGGCACAGCGCUCCGCUUGAGUCACUGAGGCCAAGGUCCCUCCAUGCUAAGUCUCCGAUUCCACUCCGGAGUCGUCUGUAUCAGCCCCGUUCUAACAGCAACCAAAUGAGUAAGGAGACCAAGGGGAGUUCCCACCUAGAAGGCAACAAAUACCCCUCAAGCCAAAUCAACAACCUGAUGAAUGUCACAGAUAAACAAGACGUCACUACAAUGUUUAACCUAAUGCUACUUAUCUGGAAGUUACCACCACCACUCACCACAGACAAUCCCAUAUACUACAAAACUCGUGUUGCCCUCAAUCAACACUCAAAGCUUGUCAAAUAUCUAAUCCUACCCUACAUAAAUGUUGACAUGAGCCUUCAUGAUCAACUUAAGUCUCUUAGUGCAGCGGCACACCUGGCAUACAUAUUCUUUACCAAUCAUAAUGCACACUCGGCUUACCUCCCAUCACCCCUUUACCAUGAUAUCCAAAUCAUGGUCAAAAACGCGUUCUUUUGCGUGGCAAAGAUGAAGCAUGACAAUCCCAAUGGCGAGUUCUUCUUGAUCCUGUUGGGCAUGGAUAGGCUGGAAUGGAUUUUUGGCCUUAUCAGAUCUCAAAAUGGGAGCGAUGUUAAUGUUAGCACUUACACUUUAUCAGGCCGAACUUCAGGGGCUGUCGAAUGCCACUCAAUCCUCUCCCAACACCCAGAAUGGGACCGGGGCCCUCGUCGGCUAAGGCUCCAGGGUUUAAGCACCACAACAGGGAUAGAGCAAAAAAUCGAUCACCUCAAUACAGCAUUGUGGAAGGGAGAUGUGCGAGUCUCUGGUGUACAACUGAUGUCUGCAUGGAGAUCUGGCUGGCAUGAGGUAGAAAAUGAUCCAGAACUCACGGCAUUCAGUCCUGCAGAAAAGUUUGGCAAGCUUGAGUCGACCCCAGUAUGUGAAGAUGGUGAAAAUGAAGAAACGUACGAUGAAACUCCCCAGCAACCCAACCCAGAUUCCACCAUUCCCAUUGUACCCGACUUGCUGGAACUUGAGGAACUCGUUGACAACGAGGAUGCGCAGAAAAAUGGGCUCGAAAGUACAAUUGAUGUGGGGAAUGGGAAGCAUGUACACAAGGCAAAGGUUCUGCAUGAAUUCACAAGGUUCACAAGAACAUCAAACUCGACUGACCGAUUGAGACGUGUUGCCAAUAUUUCCCGCUUUGCCCAAAUCCCCACCAUGCCACAUCAUCACAUUGGUGAUGGUUCUAUCACGGAGACCGAAUGCAUCUUGAUCCAAGAUCCAGUAGCCACGCUUCUGAGAUGCGAGGGAAUCCCAUUUCUGGGUGUUGCCCAAGUUAGUUCCAUCAAAGUUGAUAAGAGUUCCCAAAGUGCAGUAUCAAAAGACUUACUCAACGAAGAAACAGUCACCAUCGGUCUUCAAAUCCUCUGCUUGAAGUCGCAAAACAUAAUUCUGUCAAAUGGGAAGGAUGGUGAUUGGGUCUGGCAGCAUGGACGAGAUGCAAGCAUCGUGGUUCCCAGCAAGUUCAUCCAGCAAAUCAAUCCUGAUGUUGUUACUGUCAAAGAAGAGAGCGCCAUGAUCGGAGCAGGAAUCAGAAGAGAAGGUGGCUUGAGGAAGGCUGUAGGAUAUGGGUUUCGAAGUGAUGAGCUGCGAGAGUUAGCAGCAGUGAUGUUUGGGGCACUCUUGCUGGAUGAUCGACAUAAGAUAGUUGAGAUCAAACAGUCGGAUAAGUUCCCUUACCAGGUUAACGGAUCCAACACGGUAUGGAAGUACAACAUUGCUUUUCAUUAUGCGAAAAACCACUCCCCUUCUGUUCCACCUAGCGAAUUUGACAUCUCAGAUUUUGAGCUGGAAGGUCUCAAGAUGGUCUGGAACAAUCGCCAUACUGCGAAUCGAGGGGAAACUAGACAAUGGAAACACUUAGCGGUGAAACUCAACAUUUCUGAAGCACAUAGUUCCCGUCUCUGCCUUCAGGACACAGACCUGGAAACACCACCCGAAGUCAAUGCAGACUCAUCCACUGGACCACUGGAACAAGAUAUCGACAAUGACCUCGAUACCAGCACCCCCAAACAUAUUCCCACCUCUCCUAGCCCCCAUCCACCCUCCCCAGCCUCAGCUUUGCCAACCACCUAUUCCAGUGGCUGUCCAAUGUGCCAUGCUCCCAAACGUCCUACUGGCAUUCAUAUGUGUUGUACCAUGAAAGUUACUGCAAGCGAAAUUAACAAUGGUACUAAUGUUGUUAGGUGUAAUGGGACAGGCUGUGAGAUGGUUUGGGUCAUGUCAGGGUCUAGGGUCCUACAUCCCCCUGAACUGGACAUGCAGUGCCCAUCAAGAAUCCUGCAACAGCAAAUGAGCAAGGAAACAAGGCUAACUAUUGGCAUAGUGGAGGUUUUCAAUUUAUUUUCAAUGAUAAUAUACAUUUGA